AAGUCUGUUAAAAUUCCAUCAGCGGAAUCGCAGUCAGUCAGUCAGUCAGCCGAACUGUCGUCCGGCUUUGUACAGUCUAUUAGCAAAAAUGAGCGACAAAGGUCUGUCAGAUGAGGCAGCGGCAACAGCUUGUAAAAAUGGAGACCCAAUUACUAAGGAUUUCAUGAUGCAGCAGACUAUGCUACGGGUUAAAGAUCCAGUUAAAUCCUUGGAUUUCUACACCAGAAUCCUCGGCAUGACGCUCCUGCAGAAGUUUGACUUCCCCUCCAUGCGUUUCUCUCUCUUCUUCUUGGGCUACGAGGACAAGAAGGAGAUUCCUGCAGAUGUGAAGGAAAAGACGGCCUGGACCUUUUCCAGAAGAGCCACCAUUGAACUGACACAUAACUGGGGCUCUGAGUCUGACGAGAGCCAGACUUAUCACAAUGGAAACUCAGAUCCACGUGGCUUUGGACACAUUGGAAUUGCAGUUCCUGACGUCUAUGCGGCCUGCAAAUUGUUUGAAGAGCAAGGAGUCACAUUUGUCAAGAAGCCAGAUGAUGGUAAAAUGAAAGGCUUGGCCUUCAUUCAGGACCCUGAUGGUUACUGGAUUGAGAUCCUGAGUCCUAACAAUAUGGUGUCCAUUACCUCCUAAAAACUGUGACAACAUGCUACCUGCUGCAGUGCAUACACGCCAGACCUGCUGUUGCUUCAUUGGGAGAGCAGAAUGUUGGGGUUUAGCGAAGAAGUUAGCAACGUGCACCGGAGAGCUGUGGGAAAAUGGAGCGCCAUCACUUGCACAAUGGUAAUCAGUGUGCCCUGGUACGGGCUGGACUAAUAUUGGACAGUUGGUGAGCAAAUAGAUUAGAUACCAGAGUUGUUGCUAUGACUAGCAACUACUUUGUGUAGCUGUUGACUUUGUAUACCAUCGUCAGUUUGUAUGUGUCUUCAAAAAGUGAUGCUGAAAUAAAGCUGUGUUACUGUGUAACAAAUGUGUAA